AGUGCCGACGCCGACAGAGGGCGGCGGGACACUCGCGACGCUGCGGGGAAGAUGACAGGUGGUGAUGGACCGAAGCCUGACCUGCGGCGCAGCUCUGACAGCAAGCCGCUAUCAUGGACAGAGAGAGUCGAGUUCGGCCUGUACGCCUGCCUGCUGCCCGGCCUGUGUUACGCGCUGCUGGGGACGACUGACGCCGUCAGCAUCGGCCCUACGGCCGUCAUGUCGCUGCUGACGGCCGAGUUCGCCGGCGGCGACCCGCAGCUGUCCGUGCUGUUGGCCUUCUUCACCGGAGUCGUGGUGCUGACGGCAGGACUCGUCAGGCUGGGGUUUUUGGUGGACUUUUUCUCCGUUCCCGUCGUCUCUGGUUUUGUGUCAGCGGCUUCAAUCACCAUUUGUUCCACGCAACUCAAGGGACUGCUUGGAAUCAAAGGAUCGUCGGGCAAGACCAUGAUUGGAACGCUGCGACAUGUCGCCGGCCACAUUGACGAGACCAACCUGUGGGACCUUCUGCUCGGCACAACAUGCAUCCUGCUGCUGCUCGGGCUCAGGUGGCUGGGCCAGCGCGCGGGCAGCAGCGGCACCUCCGCUGGCCGCCGGAGCCCGCUGGCAACUCUCCAAUGGCUGCUGAGCAUCGCCAGGAACGCGCUGGUGGUGCUGCUGGCCAGCCUGCUGGUGCUAGCGCUGGAGCGCCAUCAGCUUAGCCCCCUCUCCACCACUGAGACGGUGCCGGUGGGGUUCCCGGCGCCGCAGCCGCCGCCGUUCGCGCUGCUGGCGGUGAACGGCACGCGCGAAGAGGCCGGCCUGCUACAGCUGACCCGCCAGCUGGGGCUCGGCCUGCUGGUGGUGCCGCUCGUGUCCGUCAUCGAGUGUAUGGCCAUCGCCAAGGCAUUCGAUGUGGUGAUCAAAUAA